UUUACGUUAAAAUAACUACAGUGUGAAUUGGUAUUUUUGUUAAAUUUCCAUGACAGUGCCUUGACCUACGUAAAAUGGCUAGAUUUCAAGUCACCGUGGAACUCGUGAUUCUAAUAAUAUCACUUGCGUUCACUUUAUUGAGAACGCUUGCAGUACUAUUCACUGAGUACGUAAUACAGUUGGAACUAAAUGCAGGGUGUUUACCUAAUAUUACUAUGGCAACAUGUUAUACUGUGAAAGAAGUACAAGUACUUGUAUCCAACUGGACCACCAUAUUUGUGGCUUGCCAAUCUCUUCCAGCUUUAUUUGUUGCUCUAUACGUCUCCACUUGGAGCGACCGAGUCGGAAGAAAGAUCACAAUGGUAUUACCUACCAUUGGCUAUAUUAUUGCGACGAUCAAUUGCAUUAUGACUUAUGUUUAUGCAUUACCAAUCGAGUACCUAUUACCAGGAAAUCUAGCGAUAGGUUUUUCGGGGAGCGUUUCUCUUGUACGUUCUGGUUCAUCUUCCUAUGUUAGUGACACUGUUAGACGAGACGAUUUGACAUUUCGAUUGUCAGUUCUCCAAGGUGUCGCAGUGUUAGGCCUAGCGUUAGGCCAGUUGGGAUUCUCAUUGUGGAUUGAGUAUUCAAGCUUUUUGCCAACAUUUGUGUUCAUUGGAGUGAUGCUACUUCUUUGUCUUCUAUAUAUCGUGUUUUAUAUCAAGGAAACCGUUGUUAGAAAUCAAUCAACGACGAGUACGAUUGGACAAGUUUUGUCAGAUAUGAUACAGGUCGUCGUAAGAAACACUAACAACAGACGAUCGAGGUUGAUUUUCUGGUUAUUUGUCCGUUGUUUGACGUCGUUUAUGAUGAAUGGAAGCGGAAUUGCAGCGAUGCUCUAUUUUAUUGGGCCACCUCUACUAUGGUCAACCUCUGAAAUUGGAUACUUUACAUUUGGCAAUCUAAUGUCUAUAACUCUAGGUAAGAUAGAGUAUAUGUAUUUGUUUAUGCUAUAUAUUCUACUGUAUGUCUACUGUCAAAAAAAAUUAGUAGUUUUUAUUAUUUACGUAACAGUAUAUCUGUAUUAUGUACUAAUAAGCAUUUGAUGAUUCACUUUCAUCCACCGAACCAAAUGUUCAAUA